GUUACACCACCCCUUCUAUUGUAUCUAGCUAUAUUUUGUGAUACUCAUCAAGAUUCUAGAACUUCCAUAAACUCUCCAAACUACUAUAAUCUGCCACCAAAAACCUAUAUAAUUAUACCUUAUAUAAUAUUUUACAAUAUUUAUUAAAUACUUGUGAUCAAAGUUGAGCAUUAUUAGUCACUUUGAUUAUAUUCUUGUUUGUAUCUUAGCCUUUAAGGAGCAAAGUAUGCUCCUUUGUGAAUUUGAGUAUGGGGAUUGAUAGCAUGGAUGCUAAAGCAGGAGGACCGGUUUCGAGUUCAUUGAAAGAAUGGAAUGAUGGGAAGGGUAAUAAGAUGGGAUUUUAUGAGGAGAGGUUAAAAAGGUUUGCAGGUUUGGUAUACAGAACAUUCUGGGAUGUUGGUAGAGAGGACCCUAGACGCGUGAUCCAUGCUUUCAAAGUUGGGUUGUCAUUGACAUUGGUGUCAAUGUUGUAUCUCUUGGAGCCUUUGUUCAACAAUGUUGGACAAAAUGCUAUCUGGGCUGUUAUGACUGUUGUUGUUGUUCUCGAGUUUACUGCAGGGGCAACAUUAUGCAAGGGAUUGAACAGAGGACUUGGGACAAUUAUGGCUGGAUCAUUGGCGUUUUUCAUUGAGUUUGUUGCCAAUAAAUCUGACCAUCUCUUUCGCGCUAUCUUCAUUGCAUUUGCAGUUUUAUUAAUUGGAACAUCAGCUACAUAUAUAAGAUUCUUUCCAUAUAUAAAGAAGAAUUAUGACUAUGGUGUGGUAAUAUUUUUGUUGACAUUUAACUUGAUCACGGUGUCUAGCUAUCGUGUCAAUGAUGUUCUGCACAUAGCACAACAGCGCCUUUAUACCAUUGCCAUCGGCUGUGGGAUCUGCCUCUUAAUGAGUCUCUUGGUUUUUCCACAUUGGUCAGGGGAAGAUCUACACAAUUCUACUGUCUCCAAACUUGAGGGCCUUGCUAACUCUAUUGAAGCAUGUGUCCAACAAUACUUCAGUGACUCAAAAUCGGAAUCUGAAGAAGAUAAUUUGUCUGACGAUCCAAUCUAUAAAGAAAUUUUAGAUUCAAAAUCUGAAGAUGAGGCCCUGGCAUUAUAUGCAAGCUGGGAGCCUCGGGCAUCAAGGUACUGCUACCAGUUCCCAUGGAAGCAGUAUGUUAAGGUAGGAGCAGUUCUUCGACAUUUUGGCUAUACUGUUGUUGCCUUGCACGGAUGUUUGCAGACCGAAAUUCAGACUCCAAAAGCAGUUCGCGCAUUGUUCAAGGACCCCUGCUUCCGGCUUGCAGCAGAAGUCUCAAAAGUUCUAAGAGAACUAGCAAGCAGCAUUAAAAACCGGCGUCAUUGCUCUCCAUCAAUCCUCUCAGACAACCUCCAUGAAGCGUUGCAAGACCUUGAUACUGCCUUAAAGUCUCAACCUCGGCUCUUUCUUAAUCCCACCCUUGAUAACCACCACCCUGCUCCACCCAACUUUCUUACCUUAGCAACUUCUGCCAACAAUGACUUUAAAAACUCCUCUACCAUAGCCUCAAGAAAUUUUGCCAUACCAAGUUUUAAGACUGACUCUUCUGCCCUACUCGAGUGGAAGAAUAAGCGAGAUCAGAAGACUGCUAUGGCUACUGAGGCUCUAACACCUAAAGACAAGGAAGGUGGAGGGGACAGAAAAAUGUUAAGGCCAACUUUGAGCAAGAUUGCCAUCACAAGCCUAGAGUUUGCUGAAGCAUUACCAUUCGCGGCCUUUGCAUCAUUGCUAGUGGAGACAGUUGCUAGAUUGGAUCGCGUCAUUGAGGAGGUUGAAGAGCUUGGUAGGAUAGCUCAGUUUAAGGAGUUUAAGGCAGGGGAUGACAUUGUUGUUAAGUGUGAUGAUAAGCCAAUUAGUAAUGGUUAUCAUAAUAACCAUCUGCCUUCCCAUGGUUUUGAUUAAUUGAUUAAACAAUAAAUUCUAACUGAUUGUACACUAAGUAUGUAUCAAUUUGAAAACUUGAUUAUGCAACAUAACGUUUGAGUUAUUAUUAAAUGAUAUUUUAAUCUCGUAAAAAUAAAUGUAGGAUGGAGUACGAGUAUUUCUUUAAGAGACUACUUUGUAUUAAAAAUAAAUAAAUUAUAAUAUCCUAA